UAUGAAACAAGUUUCCUCAUCCUUGUUGAAAUAGUUUCUUUCUUUUCUUCCUUCCUGUUGAGCGAAAAUGAGUUCCAAGGUUGUUUUACUUUUGGGCCUGGUAGUUGUUCUUGUCAUCUCCUGGGAGGUGGCAGCGUCUGAAACCACGAAAGAAGAAAAAACACAGAAGGCAACGGGGACAAACGGAGGAGUUGGUGAAGCCAAGUAUGGCGGAUACCCUGGUGGAGGGUACCCUGGAGGUGGAGGAUAUGGUGGAUACCCUGGACAUGGAGGAAAUGGUGGAUACCCCGGUCGCGGUGGUUACGGAGGAGGCCACUGCCGAUACGGUUGUUGUGGUGGCGGGGGGUACCAUGGAGGUGGCUGCCGACGUUGCUGCUCCUACCUCGGCGAGGCGCCUGACGCUGAGACUGAAGCCAAGCCUCAAAACUAAAGUGUCGCGCGCAUUGGAUUGGACUUUGGAGUGGUGUCUCAACACUCAACACUCAGCACUCCGUUCUAUGUUAGUGUUUGUGUGAGAAAGUUUGAUAAAUAUGAAUAAGGAAGCAUGUAUCAUGUAUGAAUCCCAUCUUCAGUACUCAUGCUGAUUGAUAUCCACUGUGAAAGCCUUGUAAAACCACUACCAGUUGCUCUGCUGGCUUUACCCAUGGGAGUAAUAUUAAUUAGCUUUUAGGUUUUUUCCAAUAAAUGCUGAUACAGUACUGCUUACCACUUUCA